AUGGAUUUAAUAUUUCAUUCAUAUUCUCAAGUGCAAAUAUUAGAAAAACUUAUUAGUGUCCAAAAACGGUUAGAAAAUCUAUCGAUUGUUAAUCAUGGUCGGGAAACAUCAUCAAUUGGACAAUUUACUUCACUUCAAGAACUUUACAUUGAAGAUUGUGAUGGGUUAUUUAAAUUGGGUUGUUUAUAUUUUGCUUCAUCAUUUACUCUAAGUAGUUUUCGUCCAAGUUAUCGAUUUAUCGAGUAUCCUCAAGAAUUCAUUGUAAAAAUUCUCGUAACAGCCAAUACAAAUUUAAAAGAAAUUUGUCUUGAUUUUUAUCCCACUAUUUCAUCCGAUAUAUUUUCUGCCGUCUUAAAUAUGGUAAAGAGAUUUUCAUUUGGUAACGAAAAAGAAUCGGGUGAAAAUAAUUCAUUAUGUCAAAUGGCCGAAAAUAUGCCAAAUUCACUUGAAACUGUUGAAAUUAUAAUGUGCAUGUUUAGUGCUGAUAGUUUAAGAAAAUUUUUUGAAGGGUGGUGUUGUAAAGGAGGGGGAGGAAAUAAAAAUAUGAUUAUAAAAUGUCUGGAGUCACGAUCAUUAAAUUAUGAACAUUGGAGAGUUAUUGAAGAAUAUGGAGUUCAAUUUUAUAUAGAAUAUAUAGAAUAUUAA